GUUCCCUGUGAAAAUUUCCGUUGGUAAUAAAAUAUAACUCAAGGAAAUAAUCUGGAAAAUUCACCAAGAAAAUGUAUUGCAAUGCUUUUUGAACAAAAGCGCCAUCAUUGAACGUUCUCAAAUAAUUAAAGGAAGGUGAUGUCAAUAUCCAGCCUUGAUAGCUUUGCGUUGGCAAAAAAAGUCAAUCACCUAAUAAAUGACAUCAAGAGAUAAGUCAUAUUCUUUCUAUAGGCAAUUCCUAUUUUAAAUAUAUCUUCUGUUAUCAUUCGAAAAAGAAAAAAACAAAUGACUGUACGUUGAAUUGAAUGCUAUUUUUUUCAUUUUUGCGAUUUUAAUCGGAGUUAAUAAGACUUUUGGAAAAAAGUAUUUAUAAUAACGGUCUCCUUAUCUUACAGUUGUCUUUGCUGGUGAUUUUUGUUGUUGUUGUCAUUAUUAAUUCUUUGAUUGAUUGUUGUUGUACCUGUUUGUUGCUGUUGUUGUUGUUGUUGUUGUUGUUGUUGUUGUUGUUGUUGUUAUUGUUUACUAGCGUUGUUAUUUAUUUGUUUAUAAACUUUCGCAGAACAGUCGUGUGUGGUUUUACAUUAAUUUUCAAAUUUUAUAGUGAACCAAUAAAAGACAAUGUACCGAAAUACAAUUUUAUCAAAUCUACUGACCAUACUGCAGUUUUCAACCAUACUUCAUACCAAUCUGGCAUGCAUUUACUUGAUAAAUCGAAAAUGGAACCCCAUGUCUUUAGAGGAACGUACGAAACACGCAAAUGUUGUAUUAUCUGCUAGAAUUUUAUUCACUACUCCAAUACCUGGACAAAAUAUCUUCCACGCAGCAACUUUUGAAGUGAUGAACGUCUUAAAAGGCUGGGAAUUAUUGAAGUGUUUACAUAAGCGUAAAAGUCUGUCCAUUGUUAGUAUGGGUUCAAAACUCGUUGUAUCUGCUAAAGGGUUCGCUGGUAGACGAUCCUGUUAUUCUUAUGUUGAAGUGGACGAAUCCUAUGUACUGCUUCUUGGACAUAAAAGAGAAACUACAGAGCUAGUAGCAAGAUAUGAUGACUAUUUUGGCGCUGCUGAACUUCUUUACGAGGAUACAGAAAGAAACAUACUACAAUCUUUAGGCUGGGAGGAAUGGAGUAAUUGGUCGAAAUGUAACAAAUUUUGUGGUGUUGGUACACAACGAAGAACAAGAGAAUGCAGCAUAGAAGAACCUAGUCAUGGUCCGCGUGAACAAGCCAGAGAGUGUAAUACAUUCGAUUGCUCAGACACGAUAAACAUACUACCUUUCAUCUUGGAACAUCGACAGGACGAAAACAUGUUAUCAUGGAAACUACCAGGAGAGAAAUUUGCAAAUGACAUAGAGCAGCGUUUGGUAUUAAAAGUUCCUACACACAUGUUAUUUCAAGACAGUUCUCCAAAAGAUUUGGUUUUGCAUGUUUCAUUUAAAGGACCAGUGAAGGAGCCCCAAUAUGUUUACAGUGUUUAUAAUGCAAAUGAUCAUCUUAUAUUUGGCGUAAAACUUUCCCCCUACGAUAUAAACUUUAUCCAGGGUAAAAGGGCAGAAUCAACCGUAAACUUGCCACGGGAGCACUCCUUUCAGCAUCCUUUCACCAGUGAUAUGUGGUACACUUUCGCUAUACAUCUUAGUGGUGACGAAAUUAAAAUUAAAAUCGACUGCGGAGAAGUGUACGCCUCUACUUUAGUUGAAAAUAUUUUCGACAAUAUGGAUAUAUUUGGACAAAUGUAUCUUGGAGGAGGUCCAGGCGUUAAAUCGAAAGAACAAGUCAAGGUCGAAAUUGGUCAGAUAUCCUUAGUUAAAGACCCCAGGAGUCUAUGGCAUCAAUGUGGCAAAAUAUUAUUGGAUAUUGAUGAAGAAAAUGAAGAAAUAUAAUAAGGAUGGAAAAGUGACAGAGAUUUCUGUUGACGGAUCUUUAGCGGGACCUGAUGAUACAGAGAGUGGCAAUGUUGAAGAAGGUUAGGGUUAAGAAGAAACAGAGGACAAAUAAAUAUAUGCAUAGUUUUAUGUUAAUUAUAUUUUGUGAACAACAGUAGUAGAAUACAGUACAAGGCAUAUAUACAUUAUACAAUUUUCAGAAGUGGAGGUGAUCUAUAUCGGCGAAAGUGAAAACUUGGUUGUGCACAGGGUGGUUAGAGACUCAAUAAGACAAUUGAUUGUAACAUUGAUGUAUGUUCAAACUAAAAAUGAAAUAUACGGAACUAAUUUAACCGAUGAACUAUUAAAUAAUAAAUAUAAACAAUACUGAUACAAGUUAAAAGGUUUAAGUCAAAAUCUAUGCUAAGUGAUUUGGACACACCUUAAAACAAAAUGGCUGACAAACAAAAGCAAAAGGAAAGAAACAAACCCUACCAAGUGGUGUGAGUGAAACCACGGUGAAGUACACACAUUGUAAUGAAUGAGCAAUGAAAGUUACAAAAGUUAGGUUUUGAGCUAAUGUUGAUGUUUGCUCUUUGACAUUCAAAUCAUGACUGACCUCAAUCAAAAAUGUGUGUUCUAUUUAUGAGAAAAAAUAUAGUUUGCAGAAAAAUAGUCUGCAAUAAAUAAAUUUCCCAAUGAAAAAAUGUAUUCAAAUAAAAAGCAAAUAAUUUGGAGAAGUCAUAUCUUUCUUAAACAUCACUAGGAAUAUUAGUUGUAACGUAGUGAAUUUGAUAAUCACAUUCCUUCUGGAAUUCCGAAACUUCUGACUCGUUGAGUUUCAAUUCCUGAGCGGUUUUAGCUGGAAAUUUAGAUGUGUCAAGCUGCAUCCAAUCGUGUCCAUUGAUCCACUUGGAUUGGCCAUUAACUUCUUCUAACGUUGCUUCUCUUCUCGUGCCAACGUCAGCAAGCAUGUUGCUAUUGUCAAUGUAAAACCAUUGGCUUUUGAUGGUGAUAUCGGUUG